AUGUCAAGCAAUGUUCGUCAACAGACGUUUGUCGAGAACUAUCAGGACUGGUCCGUGUAUACGUCGGUGAAACGUAUGUUAACUUUUGUUGUAAAUUGCAAGAACUUUCUUUACAAAACAAAAAAUGGCAAAAACUUUAUUUACAAGGCUUGAAAUGGCAAAUACUGUCUUUACAAAGCAAAAAAUGGCAAGAACUUUCAUUACAAAACAAAAAAUGGCAAGAACUUUCUUUACAAAACAAAAAAUGGCAAGAAUUUUCUUUACAAAUCAUAAAAUUCAAUUUUCAGCUUUAAGAAAUGUAGCCACCUUUAACCAGCUCCAUUGCCGCCUCUUCUGGAUAGCUAUAGUACUAGCUGGUAUUGGCGCAUGCACAUACCAAACAGUCACUAUCGUCCAAGAGUAUUUACAGGUAUCAUUUUAAGCCUACCCUACCCCACCUUACCCUAACCUACCUUACUUUACCCUACCCUACGCCACCCAAACCUAUCCUACACUACCUUAUUGUACUCUCAAUAGCCUCGCCCUACCCUUCAAUACGUCACCAUACCCUACGCAGUUCGACCUGCCUUCCUAUCCUAACCCUUCCACCGUACCCCUAACUCAAUUUUUGUUAUAAUAAUCCUAGUAGUAAGCCAUUCUUUUCAGUACGUACGAAACACAAAUGUUCAGUUUCAAGACACAAUUGGUAGUACGUUUCCAGCUGUCACUAUUUGUAAUCUAAAUCCUAUACGAUUGAAUGCAUUAGACUCUAUUAGUGAGCUUCAGAAGUUGGUAAGCGUUUUUUUUAAUUUUAAGGCGCUAGAUAGUAUGAGAAAACAAAAAAAAGCUACAAGAGUACUAUAUAGUACCAAAAAUUUGAAAAGUACUAAAUUUUUUGUUAAGCGUACCAGACAGUACCAACUACACAAAUAGUAUACAAAAAGUAAAAAAGUACCAGAUGGUACCAACAGCCUUAAGGGUACUAAAUCUUGUAUUAAGAGUACCAUGCAGUAUCAAAAACAUGAAAGUACUAAAUUCUGUGUUAAGGGUACCAGACAGUACAAACGCACAAAAAGUGGAUAAAAAUCAGUAAAGAGUACCACUUUAAAUAAAAAUCAGUACCAUUAGCUUAAAACCUUUACAUAAUACUAAAUUACGUUACAGGAAGCCGUGUACCAAUACCUAACCUCCGACGCCUAUCAAGAAGGUGACGAUACGAACUCGACUAGUGAUACCGACGACGAUGACGGUUUGAGUAAAAAGAAGCGUGAAGCCGGAUUUGAAAGCUCUAAACCUGUUCAAAUUGCUUCGAAAAAGAAAGACAAAGCAGUGGAUGGUUACAGUACUAUUAUGACUCGAGAUGAGUUGUAUGACAUGCCUGAUGAGCAUCAGUUGAUUAGUAGGAAGAAGCGGUAAGGUUAUGACAAUAUACUUUAGAAUACUGUAUUUUAAAGUAGAAGUAGGAGUAGGAGUAAAGGUAGACGUAUGACUAGGGAUAGGGGUAAGAGUAGAGGUAAGGGUAGGGGUAGAAAUAGGGGUAUGAGUAGGGGUAGGAUAGACUCAGUCUUUAAUACCCAAAACCCCUUCUUUCAGAGCAGCAGACGCAGAUGUGUACGUAUCAGGUACCCCAUGUGUCCUCACACCCACCGUAACCACUACCGUAUCCCCAUUCGAAUGUAAUAUAGAUGUUUGGCUAACAACAACAGCUGAGCCUACAACAACUAUUGAGCCUACCACAACCGACCUCACGACUACAGUAGAACCAACAACAACUGACCUGACUACGACCGAGUUAACGACAACUGAAGCCAGUACCACCAUAGAGAGCACCACAACCGAAAGUACCACUACUGAGAGUACUACUACUGAAAGUACGUCAACGUCAUCGACUAGUACAACUACAGCGAGUACGUCUACAACAUUAGCUAGCACUUCCACCAAGACUAGCACUACAACUAAAACUAGCACUAGUACAAGUACUACACCAACAUCAACAAGUACUAAAGCUAGCACCACUACUACGUUAACUACCACGCCGAGUACCACUAAAGCUAGUACAACAGCAAAGACUAGUACCUCGACCACAACUCCAGCCAGUACCAGCACCAAGUCCAGUAGUACUAGUACUAAAACUACUCCCACUACUACCAAAACUAGUACCACGACCAAAGCAACCACUGUAAGUAGUACCACUAAAAUUAGUACUACGCCAACAACAAAAACUAGUACCACUAGUACUAGCACAACGACAAAAGCCAGUACUACGAAGAAAACAAGUACCACUACUAAAGCUAGUACUACUAAGUCAACAUCAACUAGUACUAAAGCUACUAGCACUAGUACCACUCCUAAAACGAGUACUAAAACUAGUACCAUUACCACUAAAAAACCUACCAGCCCGACCACCAAGAGUACCACUAAAAGUACGACUACUAAAGCUACAACUCCUACUAGUACUAAGACUAGUACAACUAGUACUACUAAAGCUAGUACUUCAACAAGCACUAGCACCACUCCAAGAAGUUCUAGCUCCAGUAGCACUAGCACAACUACCAAAAGUACUACUGCUUCCAGUACAUCAUCAAGUACCACACCAUUGUCAAGUAGUACCAUUACAUCCAGUUCCAGUACAAGCACCACUCCGAAAUCAAUCACAACCAGUACAACAAGUACCAGUAGUACCACAGCUUCAACCACGACCAAAAGUACCACUGAAGGUUUCGAUGUGACUUCUCUACCAAUAGUACAAACCAAAAACUAUACCACUUCCGAGCUGAAUGAACUAAUCGACUACUUUGGUCUGAACAAAUCGUCCUCAAGAGUAGCACUAGAGGCUCAAGUACAAGAUCUGAUGCAGACCAUCAUUGCCAAUUUGGACCCUGCCACCUUGGAAAGUGCUGGAUAUUCGCUUGGAGACUUGGUCAUAUCAUGCUCGUUCGAUACGACUCCUUGUGACUAUGAAAAGUAAGUAUAAGAUAUUGUGGUUGCCUGUAAAGAAAGUUUUUACCAUUUCGUAAUCUGUAAAGAAAGUUCUUGCCACUUUCUGAUCUGUAAACAAAGUUUUUGCUAGUUUUCCUUCUGUAAAGAAAGUUCUUGCAAUUUUUUGUUUUGUAAAGAAAGUUCUUGCCAUUUACUAAAUUUUUAAAACAAAUUCCUUCUGUUUCAUGUUCUGUAAACAAAGUUAUUGCAGUUUGAAACCAGUAAGGCCUUUACAAUUUCCAAAAAAACUAAAAUUUUUCGUCUCUGCCACUUCCAAUUGAACAUAUCACUGUUCUAAAACAAUAUACCAACCUCAAAUUGAUCAGAAAAGAUAAAAAAUCUCUAUGUUCAACGAUAUUCUUUUACUAAAAUUAUUAAAACAAACCUAAACAACAAAAUAAAAUGGCAAAACAUCAAAAUUUCCUAAAAAAAUUCGAACUUUUAGACGCCUUGCCACUUUCAAAUGAAUAUAACUUUUGUAUAACAUAACAUAUUAACUUGAAACCGCUAGCAAAGGUAAAAAUCUUCAUCACAAACAAUAUUAUAAAUCGAAAUUAGCGAAAUGUACCUAAACAAACGAUAUAAAAUGGCAUGAACGCGUGAAAACAAGGUAAAAUCAAAGAAAAUCGAAAAAAAGGAAAAGUUUACUCAAAAACAAAUAUGGAGUCAAGUGUUGCUGUGAACAAUUAGGCUUUAUUAUGGAAUAUUUCGAAAGUUGGAGUUUUUUUGUAAAUUUAUGAUAAUUUUUUAUUUUGGAAAGUAAUUUCUUGCCGUUUUUUGUUUCGUCAACAAAUUUUUCGCCAUUUUUUGUUUUGUAAAGAAAGUUCUUGCCAUUUUUUUGCUUUGUAAGGAUAGUUCUUGCUUUUCUUUGUUUUGUAAAGAAAGUUCUUGUCAUUUUUUGUUUUGUAAAGAAAGUUUUUGCCUUUUUUUGUUUUCUAAAGAAAAUUCUUGCCAUUUUUUGCGUUGUAAAGAAAGUUCUCGCAUAUCUUUAACAUAUUUUCAUUUUAGUGACUUCACAAAGGUCACCGACCCAGAUUAUGGAAAUUGUUACACCUACAACGCGAAUGGCACUCAUAAAACGGCUAGGAGUGGGUCGGCGUACGGUAAGUUUAAGGUAGAGUAGGGGAAAUUACGGAAGAGUAUAAGCCUUUAUAACAACGGAAACUUAAAAAAACUGGCUUUUAUUUUGGAAUAAGCUUAAGUUUAGGCAUAUAUUUAGGCUUAUUUUUUAGGUUUAUCAUUAGACAUGGUCUGAGUCUGGCUUAAGUUUAGGCUUAGGUUGAAGCUUAGACAUAGAUUUAGGUUUAGGUUUGAGCUUUGGAUUAGGGUUAGGCUUAGCCUUAAACUUAGUUUUAAGCAAAGGUUUUAAGCCUUCGUAGAACGUUUUGAAGCAGUAGUGUCAUAGUUUAUAUAAUGUGAUUGAUAACAGGUAAUUCCUCGAUGAAAUUCAGAGCAAGAUCCCAGCACUCGCAGUCAUUUGUUGGGUCGUUUUACAUCGAGGCAAAUAUUAUAAAAUUAAAAGAUAUUACAUCAGAAAACGUUGCGUAAUACAGUUUCCUGUAAUUUCUCUAAGGCUACUUUAAAUAAUAAAAUUAUAUCAUUAAGGUGAGGUUGGGUAACUCCCCACAAAUCUUGGUCGAUAUUUUAUUUGUUUCAGUAUUUAGAAUCAUUGCUUGCUUAUAAUAAGAUAAGCUGUGAAAAAUAUAGUAGAGUAAGGUAGGAUAUGGUAGGGUAGGGUAGAUAGGGUAGGGUAGGUUAGGGUAGGGUAGAAUAUAAUAGGGCAGGGUAGAGUAGGAUAGGGUAACGUAGACAAAUUAUUUUAAAUAUUUGGUGUUUUAGGCUUACGCUUGAUAACAUUUUCGAACGUAUCUGACUAUCUGGCUUCUUCAUCUUGUGCUGGAAUGAGAAUAACGAUCAGUAAACAAAACUUUGCCGUCUUUCCAAACACAUAUGGCUAUGAUGUGGCAGUGGGAAGAUAUGUACUUGUUGCUGUUGGUUAUGUAAGUAAAAUACGGUCUUAAUUGGAGGUAUAGUAUUAAUUAAUGUAUUGUACUAUAUUUUAAAGGUUUGCAUAAGUAUGAUACUUGACUUUUUGUUGUUAUAUAUGAUUAUAAAGGUAAGUUAUGAUAAAGAAUGUUAUUAUAGGACGACAUUGAGCGUUUGGGACAUCCAUACAAUAACUGUACUCAAAAGGACGAUACCGAAGGGUCAAUAUACGAUGGAUACUACACUUAUGAGGUAGGGAUGAUUAAAUGGCAAGAACUUUCUUUACGAAACCAAAAUGGCAAGAACUUUCUUUACAAUACUAAAAAUGGCAAGAACUUUCUUUUCAGCCGCCUAAAAUUAAAUUUUUUAUCUUUUAGGGUUGUGUCAGAACCUGUUUCCAACAAAGCCUUCUAGCCAACUGUAGCUGUGUCGACUCCAGAUUCCCAAAAGUGUCGGAAGACGACGUUUACUGUAGCUACAAUAACACUGAAGAGUUCGAAUGUUACCAAAACUACAUUAAUGUCAAUGGAGAUUACACUCAAACUCAGAAUUGUUCUUGUGCUUCACCGUGCAGUGAUGCACAGUACUCGGCCGUUCUAACGACGGCGGCUUGGCCUACCUAUUUUCCGAAUUUUACCACGCCCCAAUGUACUGGAACUUACCCGGGUACUGAUGUGGAUUGCUAUACUGCUUAUACGUGAGUAUCUAGUUCUAGCCAUUGCCUUGCCUUGUCUUGCCUUGCCUUGCUUUCACUUGCCUUGCCUUGCUUUGCCCUGCCCUGCCCUGCCCUGCCUUGCCCUGCCCUGCCCUGCCCUGCCCUGCCCUGCCCUGCCCUGCCUUGCCUUGCUUUGCCCUGCCUUGCCCUGCCCUGCCCUGCCCUGCUCUUGCCCUUACCCUUGCCUUACCUUACCUUACCUUGCCUUGUUUUGCUUUGCCCUGCCUUGCCUUGCCUUGCCUUGCUUUGACUUGCUUUGCCCUGCCCUGCCCUGCCCUGCCCUGCCCUGCCCUGCCUUGCCCUGCCCUGUGCUUGCCCUUACCCUUGUCUUGCCUUACCUUGCCUUGCGUUACCUUACCCUACCUUACCUUACCUUACUUUACCUUUAGUUGCUCUGUCUUGUCAUGUUUUGCUUUUGUUUUACCUUGCUUUGCUUUGCCCUGCUUUGCCCCCUUACUCCAUCCUACUUUACCCUACGUUACCGUAAUGACAUACUACUUUUUCAGUGAGAAUGCCGUAGCCGUUGAUGUGAUGUUCGCGAACAGUGAGUACGAAGUGACAACAGAAUCUCCUAAUAUGAAUGGCUACGACUUGUUCCGUAACAUUUCUGGAGCUAUCUCUCUGUGGAUUGGAGCUUCUGUCAUUACAUUAUUUGAGUUACUGGAGUUGCUACUGUACUUAUGUUUCUCUAAGAAGCUUUGUGGACCAUGUAAACCAAGGCCAGAUUCAGCGUUCGCUGAUGGAUCUUCUAGUAACGAUGACAUUUAUGACAACGAUGGAGAUAACGAACUACCACCGCCUAUUGUGGAUGGUGGGGGCAUGGGGUAAGUGGGGUUGUAAUGGUUUUUAGAAUGAGGUUGGUGGGAGAGUAGGGUAAGGUAGGGUAGGGUAUAUUAUGGUAGGGUAGGGUAAUGUAGGAUAGAGUAGGGUAGCGUAGGGUAGAGUAGACUAGGGUACGGUACGGUAGGAUAUGGUAGGGUAAUGUAGGGUAUGGUAACCUUAUAUUUUUCAGUUUCAACUCCCUGGACGGUCCAUUUGGUGGUGAUUAUAAUCCAGCUGAAGGUAGUGGAGCUCGAGCCAGAAAAGUACCAUCAAGAUUUGUCUCUGACUAA